CGCUCAGUGAAAAUUGUUCUUCUAUAUUAUAAUAUCGCGGUACGCGCCACCAUAUUACAUGCGUGGAUAUAAAUAAUGGGGUGUACAUCUUUAAACUUUUUCACAUAUGUAUUUUUCGUAAAGCUGUUUGUAUAAAUUUUGUCAAAUAUUAUUUUAUAUUGUGUGCAAUUGUGUAUUAAAAAUUUGUAGAAUAAAUCGGGUUAAUUAAUACUUUGUUGACUAAUGUUCGCUACACUAGAAGUUUGAGUUGUAUAUAAAUUCGAUAAAUUUAGCUAUAAAGAUUUGACGAAAAAUGAUGUAUAAAAAAUAAAUAAUGUUGAGUCUUACUUUGUUAUUAUUAAUUUUUUCAUGGAAAGAAUUACAACACACGAACAAGAACAAAACGAAAAUACUAUGACAAUUGGAGGUUAGGUUCGCGUUGUUUUAAGUAUAUACAAGUUGUACAUAGUACAGCUGACUAUUGUAUUAGACAAUAGAUGAAAGAAUGAUAGUGUAAUAUUAAAUUUUAUGCUAAGUAUCAAGUUUAGUGCAUUAUGUCAAGUUUUCGAAGGUAAAUCGUUUGUAUGCUAAUGGUUUCUUACAAUACUGGUGCAGUGUCCUGUCUUCGCUAACAUAAUUACUCAAGACAUGGCAGACAGAGAUUUUGACAUGGGUCCUGCCACGGAGAUGAUGGUAAAUGAUUUUGAUGAUGAGCGUACACUAGACGAGGAAGAAGCCUUAGAAGGUAGUGAGGAUUCGCACAACGAGUUGUCCAAUUUACAAAAGGAUCAAGCCUGUGAAAUGAAAAAAUCAAGCCAAUAAAUAAUUACAAUUAUGAUAAGUUUCUACAACACUUUGGACUCAAAGAAGGUGAUAUGCCUCUGAAAGAUCUGCUUGCGAUGUAUGGAUACGGAGAUCCCUCUACUGAGAAUUCGAAUAGCUCAGAUCAAAUGUUACUUCCAACUGGAAACGAUGAUCCAGAAGGUGAGGAUCGGUAUUCGGACAAAGGUGACAAUGAUGCGGAUGAUGACGACGAUGACGACGAAGCUGAUGCAACUAGCAACGAACCUGAUCUUAAACAAUUUUAUACUGAAAUGUUGGUGAAAAGCAAAGAUUGCAAAUCCUCUGUAUCAGGACACACAGGAAAAGGAAGUAACAGUGUAAAUACCACUGAUUGUGCUAAAAGACAUAGACUUGAUGAUGAAGAGGACGAUGACGAAGAAGUAGAAGGAGAAGAGUGUCCAUUGAUAAAUGAUCGCAGUGACAAUGGAAGUACAGGAGUAAUGCAAGCAACUGGAAGUAGAAAUUCUUCCUGUUCUGUUAUUGGAUCACGUGAUGGUUGCUCAACAGGUAAUGGUGGCAAUGAUGGAGAAGGUAACAGUGUUGGUGCUGUUGCUGCAGACGGAGGAGAAGAUGGACUAGUUAGUGGUAGUAUUGGUGGUGGUACAUCAAGACUUUUACGAAGUGUAUCACGACCACAAAGUGAAGAAGAAGAAGAUGAUUGUGAUUAUAGCCCAGACGAGGAAGAAUGGAAAAAGACAAUCAUGGUUGGUAGCGAUUAUCAAGCAGCAAUACCAGAAGGUCUUUGUCGAUACGAUGAUGCCUUGCCUUAUGAAAACGAGGAUAAAAUGCUUUGGGAUCCUAGCCAUAUACCAGAGGAAGAAACAGAAGAAUUCUUAGAACGGGCACAAUUGCCAGCAAUGAAAACAGGCUCUUUACCUGCAGGUACUCACAUCAGAGACGAUGAACAAGCCUUAUAUCUGUUACUACAAUGUGGUUACAACCUAGAGGAAGCAUUACGAAGACGUAGAAUGAAUGUUAUUCCAUCGACAGAUGCUGUUAGUUUAUGGUCAGAAGAAGAAUGUCAUAAUUUUGAGUCUGGUUUAAGAAGUUAUGGAAAAGAUUUUCAUCUUAUUCAAAGGAAUAAGGUGAGAACAAGAUCUGUCGGAGAAUUAGUACAGUUUUAUUAUUUAUGGAAAAAGACAGAGAGACACGAUAUAUUUACGUAUAAGGCUCGUAUAGAGAAGAAAAAAUAUGCUUUACAUCCAGGUAUCACCAGGGACUAUAUGGAUCGAUUUCUUGAGGAACAAGAGGGUGUCCGCGAUCGUAGCAGUUCACCGAAUGUUCACUGUUUGCUGUACGGAGAUGCGAAACGGCAAAGGUCCAAUGCCGGUGCAGCGAACAAUGACGAUUCGAAAUCCACAGAGCCAUGGGUCUGCAAUGCUGCUGAUGCACCUUUCACGGAUCUGCUCCGGAUGUCCCAAUCGGUUACACCACCUCCACCGCCACCACCUCCACCACCACCACCGACUCCACUGACAGCCUCUAUGUCAGCAACAGUAACAAACGCAAAUACUUUAUUAACAUCUGCAUAUUGUUCAUCGGCAUCGCGACAAUCCGAUUGCUUGUCAUCCGAAUCAAAUUGUGGGAACUUGCUUACGUGGUCUAAUACAGGAACGCGAUCUCAAUCUACUCCUUCUGUUAUGGUGACGAAAAGCGUUAAUACAACUAUCACCACAAUGGCUUUAACGACGACCGGUACAAUGAGCACAAUAACAACUAGUCCUAGUUCCGGCUCGAAUACAACCUCAAAUAAUUUGUAUCAUCAGCGAGUCUCGUCGUCAUCCAGAAGUAAUGAUUCAAACGAUUCACCAUCACCAGAGCAUAUUUUACCGCACUUGCCUCCUUAGCGUCUAACACGACCCUUGGGCUUUCUUCAAAAAUGGUGGCGGAUGUCUUUAUGUGUUCGGAUUGAUCGGACACUCACUCCAUUACUAUUGUCGUAAACACGUAAUAUUUGUUAGUAUCAGGAAAUAUAUUUUUAUACUCUAUCGUAAUAUGAUUAUCGAUCGUUCUUGGCGCGAGUUAGCCGGUGAAAUGUGAGACGAUGACGCAUAUUAUAUAAAGAAAGAUACGAAAUAUCUUUCAUGAAAGAUAUUCAUUCGCGAGAUAUAGAAGUUCGUGCGAGGAACUAUAUAAACAAAAAGAAGUUUUACUUCAAUAACAGUUCGGCAUGGAUUUAUAAAUACAAUCCGUUGAAUUGAGAUACAAUUAUAUAGCUUCUACCUAUUUAUAUAUUUUAUCUUUUCUAUGUUGUUGCUGUCGUAAAUAGAUCAACAUUUUGAACUAAUAAUUCCUCUCUCACAACAGAAACUAUAUUUCAUUAUGGAAUAUCUCUAGAAAUGAACGAUCAAGAUUAAAUUACAGUCAAGUAUGAGUAUGUAAGUUCAGCACCUUUAAGCGUAUAUUUGUAAGUUUAUUAUCCUGACCAGAACGUCUAUUUUCACCUGGCACUGAAACGCGCGAGAGUGCAAUCGCGUUGUAAGAUAAUUUGGUCUGACUAAAUAAGAUCUUGUCAGACGUUUACAAUGAACAGAUUAAACAAAAAUAUU